AUGCCUUCCAUCAAGACCUUCAUUUUCCAUACUCUGCUGGCCGGAGCCCUCAUGAGCCAGUCUGUGCUCGCGUACUAUCUGCAGGACCCGAACGCCUCCCUCGAACAGCCCGACAUCGUCGAGGAUAUCGACAAGCGCAGCAACACUGUCCCGAAGCUCUCGACGGCGGAGGUCCCGAGCAAGAGCUACACUUGCCCCCAGACUAGCCGGUACGCAGCGACCACCUACACGGCCGGCCAGCUGAAGAAGGUCUACUUCAGCGCGGCCAAGUUGGCCAAUGGGGGCAAACAACUGGGGAAAAACAAAUACCCCCACCACUACGCCAACCACGAGAAUCUGCCUUUCCCCUGUGGCUCCAAUAUGAUGGAGUUCGUGCUGGACCGCGAUCACGCCGGAGACGUGUACGGCGGAGACGAAGUCACCACGUUCCCUGAUCGACUCAUCUUCGAGUACUCCACGACCAGCAAGACGGCCAAAGCCCGGUUCUGCGGCGUCAUCCGCCACGGAGACGAUGCGUUUGUCAACUGUCUAGCUACUUGAAUUUCGUGAUGCUGUUGUUUUCACUGUCUUGGAUUGACCUGUGUCCUGUCUUGGGGAGACGGAUGUAUACCAUAUACCAGUUUCUUACCCUGCCUGCUUGCCUUGGGACAUUAUGACUCUAGCGCUGGCCACCAGAGAGUCCGAG